AGAGAAGUAUAAAUUCAUUAAAUUGGUUCAAAACUUGGCGGGAAACACUUUUUUUGUGUGUACCUAAGAGGCUAAGACGGGAAUCACGUUCCAUCUUCUAUUUCCGUUAUUGGUUCUCUGCAAUACCGAAAGAGAACGAACUUUGAGUUCGAGAUCCGUCUAGCAAACCGCUUCUUCUUUCUUCUCAUUUCUGAUGCUCAGUUCUCAGUUCUCAGUUCUCAUGGAUAUGCACCUCAGUGAUUCAAGUACUUCAGCUCCAUCGCAUGCCACAUUAUCUGGAAAUUGCAUCCAACACUUUAUAAUGAGGCUGCAAUUAUGGAUUGCUGCAGGCCCAGGGGGAGUCUGUUUGAUGAGAAAUGCAUGGAAAGGGGAACAUCCAUCUGUUAUCAACUUUAUCUCCAGUUUCCUCUCUGCAAAUUCUUUUCGCCUUAACUUUGUCCCUAUUGCUCCAGACUUCAUUUUCAAUUGUGGGGGUUUGUCUGUAGCCUUUGUUUUUGUGACUAACUGGGAUUGCAACAAUGUAUCUCUGAUCUUCAGCAGAGUUCAGAAAUUGAGAACACAAUUUGCACGCUUUUAUGUUAUCAUCACACUCCCAGCUAAACAGCAAAUCGAUUCAUUUAUUCAGUCAUACUUCAAAUUUGAGAUGGUGAUUGGCAAGCCUACGUUUGUUCCAGUUCAGGACAUAGAGAUGGGGUUUGAAAAGAUGGUAAAAAUAGCUCAUUCAUCUGGAGUAUACAAGCAGCAGAAUAUUGGAGAGAAACUGAAAGCUGAGGUCAGUUGACAAAUAAGAACCGCAUAGUAGCAAUAUGCUACAAUCUCCGAUCUAGAAUAGACAUAACACCCAUUUUCAUGCCCCAAAACUCAAUUCAUCAUCACUUCAAAGUUCAAACUAAACAUUCAUCCUUACAGCAAUCUUAAACUCCUGUUCCAAUAUCCCCAAAAACUAGAAAAAAGUUUAAAA